AUGGACCAUACUGCAGACCCCUACGAAUCAACUGGAGACAGCCCGCAGCUCUCAGACUUUGAAAUCGACGAGUCGACUCGACACAAGACCACCUCCGAUAUCUUAUCUGGCGUCUACCGUGGCUUCAAGAAGAUCACCCCCAGCCGAGACGAUCUUGCCAAGCUUAAAAGACAGGCCUCCCAGUCACGCAGACACACUCCCGAGCCGGAAAUUGUCGUCAAGCCUUACUCGCCCAUCCUAUCGAGAUCACAUAGCAGGCGACGCCUAGCUUCUCAGAAACAACAGCAUGCUCGCGAUCUGAGCCUGCAGAAUAGUCUCGAGAAGCCAUUACCUGAUACUCCAACUGACCGGUCUCCGAACGGUCCACUCACCCCCAUCGCGUCCCAGGAGCGCUUUGUGUCUCUGGUCCGCAGCUUCGACUCUCUUCCCCACCUCGUGCCACCUACAUACAUGGAUAGUCGAACGAGCACGAUGGACACCAGCUCGUCCAUCGAGCAAGGAUACCUCUACGUGACGAAUAGCGGCAGCACAAACGUGACACCUCACAUUGCCAGCGCCGGUCCCGAUAUGAACCAGAGCAAUGGCCAUAACCACAUGUCCGAAGAUGGACGGGACAACCUCACCCCCAAGAACAACGCUCCGCAGUCGGCGUCUCUCUCGCCACAAGCCUCUCAACAGUCGUCACGAAACACGCCGAAUACUAACGGCUCCGGUGCAGGAAACGCGGCUGCAGCGACGCCGAGUGCUGCGUCCUCUGCCCACCUGUCAGGCCUGAUGUGCAAUGUCCACAGAACGACAGGCAGAGAGCCGCACGCGCUGGUGGGCGCGACCACUACCAUCCUGGGUGACAAGCUCUAUGUGUUCGGUGGAAGGAUAUUGUCACGUAGUCGGCCGGCAUCGCUGACGGCAGACCUCUAUGAGCUUGACCUGAUCCGCCGCCACUGGACAAAGAUUGACGCUACAGGCGAUGUACCACCGGCCCGGUAUUUCCACUCGAUGUGUGCAUUAGGAGACACGAAGAUGGUCUGCUACGGCGGCAUGUCGCCACAGCAAAGUGCCAACGGCAUGUCGCCGCAGGACCAGCAGCAGGAUAUGAACGUUAUGUCGGAUAUACACAUUUACGAUGUGCCUACGAAGAAGUGGGCCUACGUCAAGGCCGUGGAGCCGCCACAAGGCCGAUACGCCCACUGCGCCUGCAUUCUCCCCUCUUCUGCCACGUUCAGCUCUCAUCGAGCACCGCUCUCGGCACUGCAGCACAACCCGUCCAGCGGGACGAACGAAGGCCGUCUCGGCGUCAACAUUGACGGCACGGGCGGUGCAGAGAUGAUCGUCGUGGGCGGUCAGGACGGAGGUAACCACUACAUUGAGCAGAUUAGUGUAUUCAACCUACGGAGCCUCAAGUGGACGUCCACAGAGCCGCUCGGCAAGAGCUGUGGUGCCUACCGCAGUGUUGUAGCGCCACUACCACCAGCGGUCACAGCGCGGAUCGGCAGAGCUGGGGCUCCCAGCACGGCGCACAUUCGCCCGGAGACGGGUGGCAUCAGCCAGGAGGCAAGGGAGCCCGGGGCAUCGAUGCUGAUCUACUCCAACUACAACUUUUUGGACGUCAAGCUGGAGCUGCAGAUUCGAUCGCCGGACGGCACUCUCACGGAGAAGCCGAUGGCGGGCAACUACACCCCUCCUGGGUUGCGGUUCCCCAACGGCGGCGUGAUCGACACGCACUUCGUCGUGAGCGGGACGUAUCUGACGAGUUCGAAGCAGGAGUAUGCUCUGUGGGCUUUGGACCUGCGCAAUCUGACUUGGUCGCGCAUCGAUGCGGGCGGCAGCGUGUUCAGCCAGGGCAGCUGGAACCGCGGCGUGUUGUGGAACCGGCGGAACACGUUUGUGAUCUUGGGCAACCGAAAGCGCAGUCUUGUAGACGACUACAACCACCGGCGGAUCAACUUCACCAACGUGUGCAUGGUGGAGCUAGAGGCGUUUGGGUUCUACGACAACCCGCGCAAGACGACGCCGAUGUCUGGGUUCGUGUCUGCGAGCAGCCCGUACACCAGUCCCAGUCUGAGCGUGUCCCGCAAGGCGGGCUCGACGGGCGGUGGCCGGUUCCACUCGCGGGCAGCGGAAGACCUGGGUGAGAAGGCGCUGGCGAUGCGGGAGCUGUCGGACAUGGACAUUCUGUGCAUUGGCGGGGAGCGGAUUCCGGUCAACAGCCGAAUUGUGGCGCGCCGGUGGGGACCAUACUUUGUGCAGCUGCUGCGAGAGGGCACCUCAACGCAGGAUGGCUCAGACUUAAACGGGAUGCGGACGAUGCCCAUGUCGACGCUGCGCAACUCGAGCAUUACGAUCACGCCGUCGAGCCGCAACACGAUGGAGAGCACGAUGUCGAUGGGGUCAGGCAUGACGGGGUCCGGAAGCUCAGUUGGCAGAACGCCCAGCACGCCAGGGACCAGCCUCUCGGGCGGGUCAGGGAUUGGCGGGCCAUUCUCGUCGCCCAUCGACCCUGCCACGAUCAACACGGCGCCGACGCCACGGACGCUGCCGCCCAACAGCCGACCGCGGUGUCUGUACCUACCACACACGUUCCUGACGGUGCAGGCGCUGCUGCACUUCCUCUACACGAGCUCCCUGCCGGCACCGACAAGCCCGUUGUGCACUCCACAGAUUCUGUGCUCGCUGCUGCAGAUCGCACGGCCAUACCGCAUUGACGGGCUGUUGGAGGCGGUGGUUGAGCGGCUGCACGCGCUCCUGGACAGCCGGAACGCGGCGGCGGUGUUCAAUGCGACGGCCAUGGCGGCGGGUGGUGGCCGCGGCAUCGACGGGACGCUGAACCCCAACUUCUUCCUACCGAGCGGACUGGACGCGCUGAACUCGAUAGAUCCGACGGGCAUGUCGCCUUCGGACGCAUCCCCCGACGUGGGCGGGCAGUCUGGCCGUGCAGCAGGGCUGCGGAUCAACACAUCGGUGGCGGGCUCGUCGAGUGGCGGACAGCCGGCGAGCGAAGACCUGAGCGCGACGACAAGCAUGUCAGGCUCGGAGUGGAGCUCCGAGCUGGGAGACAACAGUGAGCGCGGGCAGCGCGAGGUAUGGGGCGGCGAGCUGAGCAGCGUGAUUGGGCUGCAGAAGCGCGGCCUCAAGGGCUUGAUGGAAGGCCGCCGGCUUCGGGAACGGACGGGCACCAACACAAUGGUGGCAAGCAACUCUCGGGUGGGCCUUGGUAUUGCCAGUGGAGGAGCGUGA